AUGGCUAUCGAAUCUCUAAUCAACAAGCUAGGGUCACCAAAAAAGGCAAAUAGAACAUCCAGCUCACCCAGAAGACAAACUCAAAAUGUCCCUAUCGGAGAACAGUAUCACAUUAUUGAUUACUCGGUGAAUAUAUUCAGCCCCAUUCCGGGAUUUGAAUCUUUAAACCUGGAUGAUCUUGACUUAGAAUCAAAUUUAGAAGACGAUGAUGACGACAGAAACAUGGAGAUUCUCAUGGGUUGUAUAAAGUUUGUGAUAAGAAUCAAAUUUGAUUUCCUUUCCAAGUCGAAGCUAUCUUCUAAGACGAAGGCAAAGCUUUCCGCCCUUAGAUCAUCUUACCCUAAUGUUGUCGCACUCAAUCAGUUAUAUACAGUCCUACCGAACAUGGAGACGUUCGUUGAUUCCCGUGUGGAAAAGUUGGCUAUUAUGGGGCGUUUAAAGCUCAUUUCGCAUCCGCAGGAGAACGUCCGCUAUAUUAUUCUUACUGAAGAUUUGAAAGAAUUAAUUGAGCAACAUACGAAAUCCGAUCAGAUCAGCUCCCGCUUUAUGAGCUUGCUACAUAAUUAUCCCAAUGUUGAGGCUAUUCCCGCUACGCUACUCUCGAGACAUGGCCUCAAUCCAAGACCCUUGAUAGAUUCGGGCUUCUUAACUUUUUCGUCUAUGAAUGAGUGGUUCACUCUGACUCUUCCAAACCUUGGACCUUUUUGGAGACUAGUGAAAGGCUCAAAUAUGGCCAUCUACAAAAUAAUAAAGACAACAAAGUUUGAACAGAUACUGGAAGACGACUUAAGAAUGAAGUACGAGGCUAAUCAGAGCAACUUCGUCAAAUACAACGGGCUAAACAUGAUUUGGAGUCUAAGUGUAAUGACCGGGCGAGGAAUUGUGGAAUGUUUCAACUCACCUACGGGACGUGUAUAUAAAUUGACAGGAAAGAAAAUGUAA